AACCUUAAAGUGGAGCUCCACAAAUUAAAAUAACCUCAGCUUAAACGAGAAGAAGCCACGUGGAUAGAAUCAUUGUACUUGCUGACGUGUACCUUUAAUCAUAGUCUAGCUAGUCCCUUCUAUUUAUAGUCUACAUUCUCAUCCAUUUCAACUCUCUCACUCCUUUUUUUUUAAUUAAUUAAUUUGUCAACAAUCAAAUCUCAAUCCAUAAAUCCACAGAUAAACCUAUACAUACAAAAUUACAAAACAUCCCAUUCAUAUACUAUAUAAUUUACACACAUAAUUCUUCCCUUUGUGCUUCAUCAAUUUAGGGUUUUACUGGAGCUUUUCUUGAGGACGAUCGAUCGAAUUCUCGAUUUUUGUAUCCUCUCUCUUGGCUCACCAUCCGAGCCAAGAACAGAGGAAUUCAUUCCCUAUACUCAGAGAGGUUUUGUGAAAUGGAGUCAAGUGAGGGAUUUCUGACUGAACAACAGAGGGAGAUGCUGGAUAUUGCUCCGCAAAAUGUGGAGGUUUUGUCAUCUUCUCCGAAGUCACCUACGCUGAAAUCUCCAGGUGCCAAAUCAUCCUCCUCAUUUCUUUUAUCAGAACAUCAUGUGAAGGCACCAGGCGGUGGGAAGGCAUCAACGGCUGGGAUUGCUGUGAGACAUGUACGGCGUUCACAUUCAGGGAAACAUAUCCGGGUUAAGAAGGAUGGUGCUGGUGGUAAAGGCACUUGGGGAAAACUGCUCGAUACUGAUGGUGAAUCUCAUCUUGAUAAAAAUGAUCCCAACUAUGAUAGUGGUGAGGAGCCAUAUGAGCUUGUAGGAACAGCUGUCUCUGAUCCAUUAGAUGAUUACAAGAAAUCUGUAGUAUCAAUUAUAGAGGAAUACUUCAGCACCGGUGACGUGGAACUGGCUGCAUCUGAUCUCAAGGAAUUAGGUUCAACCGAGUAUCAUCCAUAUUUUAUUAAGAGACUUGUUUCUAUGGCAAUGGAUAGGCAUGACAAGGAGAAGGAAAUGACUUCAGUUCUUCUUUCUACUCUGUAUGCUGAUGUCAUCAACCCUACCCAGAUCAGUCAGGGAUUCUUCAUGCUUGUGGAGUCUGCUGAUGAUUUGGCAGUGGACAUACCAGAUACUGUUGAUAUCCUAGCUUUAUUCAUCGCACGGGCUGUGGUUGAUGACAUUCUUCCACCAGCUUUUAUCGCAAGAGCCAGGAAGACGCUCCCAGAAUCCUCCAAGGGGAUACAGGUGCUGCAAACUGCUGAGAAGAGCUAUCUCUCAGCUCCACACCAUGCAGAGCUUGUUGAAAGGCGCUGGGGUGGCAGCACCCAAUUCACUGUUGAGGAUGUCAAGAAAAGGAUUGCCGAUCUAUUGAGGGAGUAUGUUGAGAGUGGAGAUAUUGUUGAGGCAUGCAGAUGCAUAAGACAGUUGGAGGUUCCUUUUUUCUAUCACGAAGUCGUCAAGAGAGCUUUAGUUUUAGCAAUGGAGAUGCAGUCUGCUGAACCACUUAUUCUGAAGCUUUUAAAGGAGGCCGCAGAAGAGGGUCUUAUAAGUUCCAGUCAAAUGGUGAAGGGCUUUUCUAGGAUGGCCGAGAGUAUCGAUGAUCUUUCUCUGGAUAUUCCUUCUGCAAAAACUUUGUUCCAGUUGAUUGUUCGUCGGGCAAUUGCUGAGGGUUGGCUUGAUGCAUCUUUCUUGAAAGCGUCAGGUGACGAUGGACAAGCAAAUGGUCCAGAUGAUGAAAAAGUGAAGCAGUACAAAAAACAGAUCGUUAACAUAAUCCAUGAAUAUUUCCUCUCAGAUGACAUUCCGGAGCUUAUCCGGAGUUUGGAAGAUUUGGGGGCACCCGAGUAUAAUCCCAUUUUCCUGAAGAAGCUAAUUACCCUUGCCAUGGACAGGAAAAACAAGGAAAAGGAAAUGGCAUCUGUUUUGCUUUCUGCACUUCAUAUUGAGAUUUUUUCUAGUGAAGACAUAGUCAAUGGAUUUGUGAUGCUACUGGAAUCCGCAGAAGAUACAGCACUUGACAUUUUGGAUGCUUCCAAUGAACUUGCUCUUUUCCUUGCUAGGGCUGUAAUAGAUGAUGUCCUCGCUCCUCUGAAUUUGGAGGAGAUAUCGAAUAAGCUGCCACCAAAUUGCAGCAGUGGAGCGGAGACCGUCUGUACGGCUCAAUCACUUCUAUCUGCACGGCAUGCUGGAGAAAGGAUCCUGAGGUGUUGGGGUGGUGGGACUGGCUGGGCUGUGGAAGAUGCAAAGGAUAAGAUACAAAAGCUCCUUGAGGAAUUUGAAAGUAGUGGUGUUCUCAGUGAAGCUUGCCAGUGCAUACGAGAUCUUGGAAUGCCAUUCUUUAAUCAUGAGGUGGUGAAGAAAGCUUUGGUUAUGGCAAUGGAGAAGAAGAAUGACAGGAUGCUGGAUUUGCUGCAAGCAUGCUUUAAUGAGGGGCUUAUCACCACAAACCAGAUGACCAAAGGCUUUGGGAGGAUCAAGGACGGGCUUGAGGAUCUGGCUCUUGACAUUCCUAAUGCAAGGGAUAAAUUCACCUUUUAUUUGGAGUAUGCCAAAGAAAGGGGCUGGCUGUUACCAUCUUUUGGGUUGCCUGAUGCCUCUUAAUGAGAAGAAUCAUAUGCAUUUGCUUGUUGCAUCUCUGCAUGUUGUUCAUUGUUGCCUUUUCGAAGUCUGUUUUAUUGGGAGUGGUGGAUGGACACGGACUGCCAAGUCUGAACUGACCAUCUCUGCAAGUCAGUCCAGAAGACACGGACUGCCCAGUCCUUCCUAGUUCCUCUUUUAUGUUUCUUGUAUGAUGGAUAUCUCUUGAUGUAAAAAUUAGGCCUCCCGCGUUUAUCUAAUGUAGUGGUUAAUGCGUUCUGCAAUACCUUUGUCUUCCAUAAGGAUGUUAGUACAGAAUUAUCAAUAAUCCUGCAUUUUCUGAGUUCAAAUAUUUUGGUCAGUUCUACUUUGUUAA